AUGCAAGAAGAAAUGGAAAAUUGGAAGCAAUUAGCAGUAGCUCGUGAAAAAGAUCUGGUAGAGGCGCAGCUGCAGCGCGACUUAUUUGCUGCACAGUUGCCCAGCGGCCCAAAUGAAGGAGGACCUCAGGAUGAAAUCUUGAAUGAACUGAUGGCGAAACUAGGCGAAAGGAUCAAUUCUAUAAAAGAUUACAAGGAAUUGUCGAGGACUCAACUAGAGUACGACCUGUCCAACGCUUUGCGACAGCUAGAUCAAAUGCGCGUCCGUUUCGAGAACGCUGAAGCAGCGAGGAAAGCAUUGCAUGAAAAAUAUAAGAAUGUCUUGGAGAAAGCUGAUGGGACGCUUGCAUCUCCUCUACGUAGGCUGAACCUGACAUUCCCCACUACUGGGCAAAGAAAGACCGGUAACCUCAACUCUGCAGCACAGAAGAAAAAGGAAAAACGCCAGAUUCUAUGUACGCCGAAAAAUGGGGCAGGUCCUGCAUCUCGAACAUUCAUACCCGUUCUUUUCGACGACAGCACGGAAGAAAAUACUGCUCCGGAACCGCAGAAUCUCGAACAAGAUGAAGAAAUGGCUGAAGAGCGAACACUUUUGCGCCUCGAAAUGGUUAACAAUCAUCUUUCGCAAACAGUCACCGAGAAAGAAGCACAGCUUGAAAGCCUGUCCCAGAAACAAAAAGAACAGGCCAAAGUGUGGUUGGAAGAGAAGCAAGUGCUACGUGAAUCGGAAUCGGCGCUGAAAGCGAAGGUAGAGCAGCUCAGUUUGGAAAAUCAUGGACUACGCGAGAAGUUGAUUACCGAAACGAGCCGCAAUGAUGUUCUAAGUCGCAGAAUCUACAGUGCGAAUGACGAAGUAUGCGCCUUAUCUGAAUAA